AAAUGACUGAGCCGAUUAUUAGCACCUCCCUCGUGCUUUACUCUCGCGCUGCUCCGUGUGGCAAAUCGAGCGCACCUCCCUGCGUUUCAAACACGCGCCACAACAAUUAAGAGGAGCUAACAGAGGGAAGCUCGGAAAGCUAAGCAGAAGUUAUUUGGAGAGGAGAGUGACUGCCGUUGGUUGAAAAGAGAGCAAUACUCUGAAGCUGCUCAGCUCUAUGAAAAAGGACAGUAUUAUGACAAAGCAGCCUCUCUCUACAUUCGCUGCAAAAACUGGACAAAGGUGGAAGAGCUGCUUCCAAACAUCUCUUCUCCCGAGAUUCACUUGCAGUAUGCAAAGGCCAAGGAGGCGGAUGGCAAGUUCUUUCUACAGUCUAACGACUAUGGCUCAGCCAUCCACUUCCUGGUUUUAUCCCAUUGCAACGACGAAGCCUUCCAGCUGGCGCAGCACCACGAACAGAUGGAGGUCUACGCAGACAUCAUCGGCUCUGAGGCGACACAGGAGAACUAUCAGUGUAUCGCUCUCUACUUUGAGGGAGAAAAGAAACACCUGCAGGCUGAAGUUCUUUCAGAAGUGUGGACAGUACAGCAGAGCGCUGAAGCGCUUCUUGUUGUGCCCUAACACCGAAGAAAACAUGGCGAUUGAGACGGGGCAGCGAGGGGUGGCAUCCCGAGUUGCAUCUUCCGAGAGGAAGAUCCCACUAAAGCUACAACUCAACCUACCGGAAAUAUGCCCCCAGGGAUUCCCGAGAGGGGGGGUGGAAGAGAAUCCCACCGGAUGGAUCAAAAAAAUAUGACACUUGGCAAUGGUAAUAUGACAACGACCGCGGAAUGCAUAUGCGUCAAGAUAUGCAAGAACCGACAUGGCCUGCGGAUCCACCAGGCCAAAAUGAAGUGUGAGGAGAAGGGGUUGGCAUCACAGUGCGCAGGAAGCACACCUGGUGAGACGAAGGAGGAACCAGGCCGGAGUCACCCCACAGUGCCCGGAGCCUCCAGGUGAUGCAGGCCCCUGAAGCUCACAAGUCAUCAGAACAUCGUCGGGUGCAGUGUGUCAUGGUUCUGGGUCAGUUCGACCCAGCUUUUUGGAGUUGUUAUGUUUUGGUUUUGAAUGAUGGGUUUUUCCUGUAUACUGGUGGUGGUGAUGAUUAUGAUGGUGAUAGAUUAUUAUUUGAGUUCCAUGUUUCUGUUUAUUUGUGUUUAGGAUUUGUGUUCUCAUGUUUUGUGUGGGUUUAGUUUCAUGUGUCAUUUUCUGUCUGUCUCUCAGUGUC